UUCAUACUGAAAAUUGCUGGGUGGAGUGGAAGGAAAGAGGACCUUGUUCCAUAGCAUGUAAACCUUCCAAGAACAUCAGUAAACUAAGGCAACAAUGAUUGGGGGUUUCUUCAUGUUCAACCACAAAGGAGAGGUCCUUAUCUCUCGGAUUUACAGAGAUUAUAUCGGCCGCAAUGCUGCUGAUGCUUUUCGUGUCAACGUCAUCCAUGCAAGAGGACAGGUUCGAUCACCAGUCACUCUGUUGGCUGGAACAAGCUUCUUUCACAUCAAGAAAAACAACAUUUGGGUUGCUGCAGUUACAAAACAAAACCUAAAUGCUGGCAUGGUCUUUGAAUUUUUGAACAAAACAUCUGAGAUUAUGUCAUCAUACUUUGGAAAAAUCACAGAAGAUAAUGUCAAAAACAACUUUGUGCUGAUUUAUGAGUUGCUAGAUGAAAUCAAUGACUUUGGGUACCCCCAAAAAACGGAUGCAGGUGUCUUGAAAACUUACAUCACCCAACAAGGAGUCAAGUCACAGACAAGAGAGGAACAAGCACAGAUUACAAGUCAAGUGACUGGUCAGAUCGGUUGGAGAAGAGAAGGCAUCAAAUACAGAAGAAAUGAGUUGUUUUUAGAUGUGCUUGAAUCUGUCAAUCUACUGAUGUCACCACAAGGUCAGGUUCUAAGUGCACAUGUUUCCGGAAGGGUGGUAAUGAAAAGUUACUUGUCCGGAAUGCCUGAAUGUAAGUUUGGAAUGAAUGACAAAAUUGCGAUUGAGAGUCAGCUUGGGAAGAAAGGAGGCUCCGUUGAUACUGGCAUGCCAGAUACAGCUCCAAAGCGAAACACGAGCAAAACUGGCAUCGCCAUUGAUGACUGCACGUUCCAUCAGUGCGUCAAAUUGAGCAAGUUUGAAAGCGAAAGAAGCAUCAGUUUUAUACCCCCGGAUGGAGAGUACGAGUUGAUGAGGUACAGGACAACGAAGGACAUCAGUCUGCCUUUCCGUGUUAUUCCACUGGUAAGGGAGGUCGGAAGGACCAAGAUGGAAGUCAAAGUCGUUCUUAAGUCAAAUUACAAGCCUUCGAUCCUUGGGCAAAAAAUAGAGGUUCGUAUUCCAACACCGCCAACCACUGCAGGGGUGCAACUCAUUUGUCAGAAAGGCAAAGCAAAGUACAAGACGAGCGAAAACGCAAUUCUUUGGAAAAUUCGUCGUAUGGCUGGCAUGAAAGAAUGCACAAUAACAGCUGAAAUAGAGCUUCUUCCUGCCAAAGAAUCAAAAAAAUGGACUAGGCCUCCAAUUUCUCUCAAUUUUGAGGUUCCUUUUUCAUGCUCUGGGCUGAAGGUUCGUUAUCUGAAGGUUUUUGAGUCGAAACUGAAUUACAGUGACCAGGAUGUUGUCAAAUGGGUCAGGUACAUUUCGAAGAGUGGGCUGUACGAGACAAGAUGCUAACAAUCAUGAGGCAGCUGGUAUCGUAACUGUCGGCGAUAUGCCAAGUAAACUAUAUUCCCAAUUAUUAUAAGAUAACUGUUUAAUACUACAUUUUGUAUUAGAUUAAAACUCUAUUGUUGAUUAGAUAACCAAAACAUAA